AUGGAUGAAAGUGAGCCAUCAAAGUAUAUAGAAAAAAUUAUUCUUGAAAUUCUCGAUCGUCAACGUUUUUCUUUUCAUCAAUGGCAAAUUCGUCGUAUUAAGAAAUUUAAUAUUGCAAAAUUUAAUGCAAGUGAAGCAGCUUAUGCUUUUCUUAAACAAUAUAAUGGAGAAACUUUUGUUAAAGCUCAAAAAAUUAUUGUUCGGUACAAUAAUCAAGAAAUACGUCUUUGUGUACGUGAUUUAAUUUAUGGAAAAUUUGAUGAAAAUUCAAAUAAAAUUUCUGAUUCAAUAGUCGAAUUUAUUUAUCGAAAACGAAUGUUUACUGAGAUUAAAUGGCCGACAACAAUAAUCAAUCAAAUGAAUCGAGUAGAAUCAGAAAAUGAUAAAAAUGAAUUGACAAGAUUGCAUAGCAUACCAUCGUUUUCAGGUAAAGUAAGUAUACCUAUUAACCAACGAAUUAUUCAUAUUAAUGGUGAUUAUUCUUUAAUUGAUGCUGAUAAGAGAGAUAAUGUCAGUACUUCAAUUGACCGAUAUAUGUCAUGCAACGAUCAAGAUAAUAAUCAAUUGUUAUCAAUGAGUUCUGGAACGGAAAAUGUUACUAGUUCAUUAUAUCAUGAUUGUCAAGUUCAUCAACCACCUUCCAGUCCACAAAGAUUUAUUGCUUAUGAUGAUAGAAGUCUUCCAUCGAGUAGUCAUACGAUGGAUGAUGAAAGUCAUUGUCGAAGUUCAAUUUUUAUUUAUAUUGAUCAAAUUAAAAGUCUUUAA